AGCCCUCUGCAGGCGACAGACCACGGAUCCACUACUGAUGCGCUUCGCGGUUUUUUUUCUCAAAUAGAUCUACACUGAAGAAGGAGAUGAGGUCCAGUGCAAGAAAAACUGCAAACGGAGUCUAAAACUAUCCUUAUCUGCCGUCUAGAUCUUAAACUUCACAAGAAAGCAUUUUACAGAUUCUCCCGGUGCGACCGUGUGUGUAUCUGACUGGUGUGUCAGGAGGCUAUGGUGAGGCGAUGUGCACAGGCUGGUGUGAGGAGAGAUGUACCAGCAGCAGUGGAGGAAGACAGGGAGGUAAAGGAGUGCAUCUUCAUUCAUGGCUGCGCAUCUCGCUCUUGUUCUCGGCCCUGUGGGGCCAAGCGUCCCCCCAGUGCCCGGACAGCUGCCACUGCGCCUGGGACACGGGCACGGUGCUGUGCUCAGAUGCCGGGCUGCGGGAGAUUCCAGAGGGGAUCCCACCGGAAACAGUCUCUCUUCACCUGGAACGUAACUACAUCCGCAACAUCCCAGAGAGUGCCUUCAGCGACCUGGUCCACCUACGGGACCUGUACCUGUCCCACAACCGCAUCGACUCGCUCGCCUCGGGGGCCCUGCGGCAUCUGGGCCCCGAGCUGCGCCUGCUGGACCUCUCACACAACCAGCUGAGGCAGGCCAGCAGGGAGGAGUUUGGCUCCACUCGUGCCAAGACACGUCUCUACCACAACCCUUGGCACUGUGACUGUGCCCUUCAGGAGCUGAUGGAGACCCUGAACCUGGAGCCUGAGACUGUGAAUGGGAUUGUUUGUGAGAGCUCUGUCCGGGGGGUGGGCGAGGGGAGCAGGUGGGAGGACCCGGGGGCGCAGGGCGAGCACGCCGGUCAACCACUGGUCAAGCUGUUGGAUUCUGGGGUGAAUUUCUGCAGCCUGCAGAGGAAAACCACUGAUGUAGCCAUGCUGGUGACAAUGUUCGUAUGGUUCUUUAUGGUCAUUGUGUAUGUAGUCUACUAUGUGAGGCAGAAUCAGGCCGAGGCCCGGAGGCAUUUGGAGUACCUGAAGAGUUUGCCCAGCCCACGCAAGAACCCCACAGAGACAGACACUCUAAGCACUGGUUUCUGAACUCCUGCUCAGCUGUAAUUGAAAUAGAAUAAUAAUCCAGUCCUAUUUUUAUGGAGAGCGCCUGAUAAACCUCAAAAUGCUGUGUGGAGUUAUUGUAAGCCGCGUGUAGAAGAUGCUGCUACAGAGGAAAUGAACCUUUUACAGCUGUGCUAUGUGAUUGCAACGUUUCUUUAUAUUUGUUACUGCUGAGCUCCCCAUGUUCUUUCUUUAUUUCUUUACCUAUUGCAUUUUCCUCAAUUUAAUGAAUAACGAGAAGUGAGUAUUUGUUUCCUCCUCCUACCAUGUGCUGUGAAAGAAAAUAGUGGAAAUAGAACAAGAGAGUGCAGUGGAAGAUGAAAGGAUGAAAUAAGAAAAGACAGAACGUUCUUUGAACUUUAUAACCUUCUAUUUCCCUCUGUAGUCUCUCUUCUUCUUCAUUUUCCUUUCUUCUCCCACGAUGCAGCACGCUGUGAUCUUUCAUUAAGCUCUAAUUUGGACUCUUUGACCAACUGACCCUUUCUAAACACUUGAAAGGCACUAAUCAGCAGGAGUGUUUAUCAGGUCGCAAAGGAGAGUGUGCAAACUCAAAUGACUGUCCUUAUCUAAUGGCUUUUUCUUCAUUUGUGUGUGUAUAUGUGCACAUGUGGUGUUUAUGUGCAUUGUUACUGCCAUUUUUACUUUGAUAACACUGAUUUUGCAUGGAUGCUAUCCAAGCCUUCCCCAAUACACAGCCACAGCCACUUGACUAAUACUAAGCCAGUUGUUUCGGUGCCAGUGGAGAACUGCUGAUCUAAAUUUACUCUCAGGAAGCCAUUAGAGCUGGAGGUGAACUAUUUCGUCUCCAAGCUGCAGCAAUCAGCUCUGAAAUAUCUGGACAGCUUAGUGUACUGUCACUGAUUGGUACAGAGAAAUUUCAGCCAGAUUUAGAAGCGGAUCAUUGUUAGAUUAGCAUAGCCAUUUAUCCUGAGAGUAGCUGUUAGUUUAGGUUUAAUUAAUCUCUUGAGUCCUGCUUUUCGGUCCUCUAUGCACUGAUUGCUAUGUACACAUCAAACGGUCUCCCAUUUUCCACAUAGGCUGUGUCAUAAUUGAUUUUUGUUCAAGCCACUGUAAAAAUAAGCAAAACACUCUUAUUCCACAAAAUGGAAUAAUUUUCUCAGUUAGCACAUUUAACGCUUGUAAUGUUAAGAUUAAUGCCAUUCAUAACAUGUAUACUGUAGGUGCACUGAAUAUCUAGCUCUAUGGAACAAUUCUGAUUGGAUUAAGGGCCACAUUUUUGAAUUUUGCUUGAGUUCAUUGAAAUCAUAUUUAGUGUGGCAAUACCUGGGGAACAUUAUUCUCUAAGGGAAGGGUCUAUCGCGUGGUUUCAGUAUUUGUCAUUAGUCAAUGUUACAAACAAGCAAACUGUAAAAUGCCUCUCUCAAAUUGAUAGAUGCAGCCAUUGCUUUGUUGAUCAUUAGCCAAUUAGGUUGGGAACAACUGCUUUAAGAGGAUGUUUUUGAACAUCUUAGCAGCAUGGCUCUAUGGCAAUGUCAAUCUGCAGUCUCACAGAGUGGCUAGCAUGGCUGUAGACUUAGUCUUUUUCAUGUGUCUUCAAUCUGCGACGGAUUAAAGUGUACAGUUACGACCCUUUAAGUGUUGAUCGAUGUAAUAAAACAUUACUGUACCCCAUUUUAUCUAACAACUGGGCUCGGAAAGUGGUAAAAUCUGAGGCAAAACUUAGAAUAGGACAACUGUCUGUGUACUGUAACAUGCUAAAUGUGGUGUGUGCUUUGUAAUUUACAGAGAAAGACUGGUUGAAGUUUGUGUUGUUCAGGAUGAAGACACACUGUGAACUACAACAAGAAUUAGUUCAGCUUUGAGCAGAACGAUGUUGAUAUUGUCAUGAUAACUGGUCCAUGUAAAAACCUGCUCUUGGUUGGUAGACCAAAGGCUAAAACAUUGGAAUAAGAAGUUGAAUAUUUGUUCUGUGACUGUCAAAAGAAAACUGUCUGUGGAUAAACUUGUGAAGAAGAGUUGUUGUAACGUUACAUCAUUUUUCCAUAAUGUUACCCGUCUGUCACAAAUCAUGUAUCUAAUGUGCCAGAGUUCAGUUUCCUGAAUGCAUCUCUCCCAUUAAUACAAUCUUUAACCAUGAUUACCUCAUUAAGGUACAACGAUGCUGAUAACCACAAACCCAAGAACCACGCAUGCCCUCUUUGUGUAGUUUUUUUCUGUAGGUAUUUUUUUUAUUGGUGUUCUGUCCCAGU